CUCCAGGGGUCCUCAGCCUGUGCCUAGCCUGAGGCUGUCCCAUGGGCCCUUGGCCCUGGCUGACCUAGCACACUGGCUCCUCCACCUCUGCACAGCCAUGCUCAGAGCGGGGCCAUCAGGGUGCAGCUGUGUCCCGUCAGAGCAGAGGUGCUCUCUGCUCCCCGCUCUGCAAUGACCAGGAGACAAACAGGCUGCAGCGUGUGCCCUCACAUGAGCAUCACCCAAACCCUUCCUUGCCCCACGCAGUUGCCCACUGCAGAAGCCUAAAGGAGCUUUGGGCAGUGCAGCCCACGCACCUCUGCCACAUGCCUGCCCCUCCCCACCUGCUCAGGGCUAAGCUCCUGCUCCUAUCCUGCUCUUCCUGACACCCCAGCUCCUCAUAGGGCUCCAAGGGCCCUGUCCCUUCUGGUCCUACCCUGUUCUCACUCCCAGCCCCUGGAAGCAGAGCAAGUGUCCCUCCUGCCUGGGAGGGGCCGGUACCCCCAGAGCAUCCACCCUUAGCUGCCCCCUAGGGUUGAACAAGCCCCACACCCUGCCCAGCACUGCCCAAUGCCCAGUGCUGGUUCCUCCUCUCCCUAUGAUGCAGGUGCAGGCUGGUGCACCCCAGCACAGCACCACAGCUCCACAGCAACUCUCCCUGCUCCAUGUGUGCCAGGAGGGACCUGGUGGGCACUGAAGACUGGGGACAGGACACUGCCAACCCUGCUCACAGUGGUGGGGCUCUGGGAGCUCUGCUCGGCCCCCGGCCCAGCUGCUCACGGGUCACCGGUGACCUGGAAAGGGCUCUGUGGAGGAUGUGUCAGCUGUGAGCCACAGGCCCAGCGCUGCCCCAGGAGACUCCCCUGAGCAGAAUUGUUCAUGCCUGGCACUCCCACAGUCCUGAAACCCUGCUGCCAUGAGAAAGAGCAGGUUGGCUUGGCCAGCCCCCGCCCCAGCAGAGUUUAAAUCCCAGCCCAUCGCCCAGAAGCACAGCAUUGAUCGCAGUGCGAUGCUGGGCCAGCACAGCCUCCUCCUGGUGCUCCUGGCACUGCUCGCCCUGGCCCAGCAGCACGGCCGUGGGGACCAGGGCACUGCUCCCACCUUCAGCGCAGCCCCACAGGGACACUGGACCCCCACUGCCUCACCUGCCCUCCCCAAAGCUGGUGAGUGCCCGGCGGGGGCAAGUGGAGCCCCUUGGCCCCCUGGGCUGUACUGCCUCUCCGACCACAGCUGUCCCGGUGCCGAGAAGUGCUGCCAGAGCGGGCAGGUCUGGACCUGCCUCCUGCCCACCACAGAGAGCCCAGGCUACUGCCCCCGCGCUGGCAGCGCCAUCGGGCCGAGCUGUGGGGCGAGCUGCCACAACGACACCACUUGCCACUCCGGGGAGAAGUGCUGCACCCGCGGCUGCUGCACCCGCUGUGUGCACGCCGAGCCAGCCAAACCCUGGUUCUGCCCACGGAAGCGUGCCCAGAGGAGCGCUGCCGCCUGCCCCAACCGCUGCACUGAUGACCGGGACUGCCCUGGGGACCACAAGUGCUGCUUCUCUGGCUGUGGGCUAGCCUGUGCCCCUCCAGACACAGGGAGCCACCAUGCCUCGGCGAAGCCCGGCACGUGCCCCAUGGUGCUGCGGGGCUCCCUGGGUCCCUGCCUGGAGCUGUGUGACACAGACAGUGACUGCCUUGGGGAUGACAAGUGCUGCACCACCGGCUGUGGACAUGUCUGCAAACCACCCACCAAGGUGUGGCCAGGGCUCUGUCCCCCUGCAGUGGAUGGUAACCAGGCAGACAAGUGCCUCCUCCUGUGCCUGCAGGACAAGGAUUGUCCCACCAGCCAGAAGUGUUGCCAGCAGGGCUGCAGCCGGGUCUGCGUCCCCCCGCUGUGGGGCACAGCCUAGCCCUGGCCAGGAAGAGCUGCACAGGAGCUGCCUUUUCGGGGUCACCCUACACCCCACUGCCAUUGCACCACUGGCGUGAGCAGAGGUGUUGCUGCCCCCGCGCCUGUCCCUGUGCUGGACCCUCUGCACCGCUGGCAGGAUGGCACCAGCAUUGAGUGAUGGCUCUGGUUGGGGUAACUGGUACCCCCAGCUGCUCCCAGCUGUGCCAUCAAGGGCUGCACAACACCCACACCACCCCACAGCCAAGGCUCCCGGCAGCCCGGCACAAGGCAAUCCCCUUUGGCCUCAGCUGCUCCACAGCACCGAGACAGAAUAAACCAUCCCAUGGCCACCUCUGCUCUGGGUGACCAUCCCUGUUUCCCUCUCUGGUUCCCAGAGGCGCCGGCAGCCUGGGCUGUGUGCAGGCAGGGAGGUGCAGGCAGGCGCCAGGCAGCCAUCCCUGCAGGCAGACACUGCCCCGGGGCAGGGAGAGGGUCCCAAUUCCACACGGGUGACCUCCAGCCAUCAUCACCCCAUGGUGACCAUCCUGCAGGGCCCGGGGGCUGCUCCAUGUUCCCUCAGCAGUCAGGGACUGGAGAACCAGUUCCCUCGGAUUCCUUGCACCAAGGAAGGGCUCAUUUGCAUCCUGAAGUGUGAAAACCUGGUGGGAAAAGCAGUCACGGGUCAGGACAGAUGGAGUCCCUGGACAGAGAAGGGGGUAGGGAGCAGCACUGACCUGCAAGGGGACACGGCAGGACCUGCUUACUCAUGGAUCCCAAGCAGUCCCAUGAACAGAGGCUACACCUGGCUGGGGGACAGCACCAUGGCAGCAGGGCUGGCAGAACUCCUCAGGCUGCUCCUACUGCUGUGCCACGGCCAACCCGUGGGGUCUAUCCACAGCCCCCACUCCAGGGAGGCGAGGGGCAAGCAGGGCUGGAGGGAAACCCAGGCAGGGGGUGGCAGCCAGCUGCAGCAGGGCUGUGCACCAUGGGGGACAGUGCCUGACCCCAGCUGCCCUCCCCAGCCCUGUGGGUCGCCCUGACCCCAAAGCGGGGCUCGGCCAGAGAUAAGCAGGAUGGCUGGCAGGGCACCGGUGGGUUCUGGGAACUGCCCCUCCUCCUGCUCCUCCUGCCCCUCCUGCCCGCGGCACAGCCAGAUGCCACAGCCAGCAGCCCAGCUUUGACUGCC